AUGGGGAUUACUGGAUUAAAUGGUGUCUACUUCUUUUACCAUUUUAUUGUAGUUUACAUGUUAACCGACAAACAAAGAAAAAGUUUAAAACUGCUUGCAAUACUUCUUAUAUAUAAAAAGUUUACAAGACGUCGUAUUGGAAGAAGGCCAGAUACAAACUCGUCUCUUAGCGGAAGUGAAUAUAUACAAGAAAUAUUGGAUGGAAAUUCCGCUCAUUCUCUAGAAAUGUUAAGGAUGAAAAAAGAAGCGUUUUUGGCAUUAUGUGAUAAUUUUAAAGCUAAAGGAUGGUUGCAAGACAGUCGCUAUAUUUCAGUAGAGGAAAAAAUGGGAAUACUUUUGUUUACUCUCAGUCAAAAUCAUCGAAAUCGUGCCAUGAAACGAAGAUUCAACCAUUCAACUCAAACUGUACAUUUUUAUUUUCACGAGGUUUUAAGGGCAAUGCUGAAGUUCGCAAGAGAAAUGGUGGUACCUACUACUUUUAAUCCAGACUUGGAUCAAGUCACGUAUCAUCAACGACUUCGAAAAAUAUUCAAGGGUGCUGUUGGUGCACUUGAUGGAACUCUUAUCCGCGCUUCUAUACCACCUGCCCAACAAACACCAUAUCGAGGUAGAGGAAGAGGAGAUUGCUAUCAAAAUGUGCUUGCUAUAUGUGAUUUUGAUAUGAUUUUUACAUUUGUUUGGGCUGGAUGGGAAGGAGUAGCACAUGACUCACGGGUAUUAACUGAAACUAUGCGAGAUCCAAAUAAUAAUUUUCCUUUUCCUCCCCCUGAUAAAUAUUAUUUAUGUGAUGCUGCAUAUCCAAAUACUAGAGGAUUUAUGGCUCCUCAUCGCAACACGCGAUAUUGGUUAUCGGAUUUUCGAAAUGAUCGUCGUAUAAUGCCACCGUAUCCAUUUAAUGUGCAAAGAAACAUUGUUAUUGCUUGUGUUGCUGUGCAUAACUAUCUUCGCAGGAUGAAAGUUAUGGAUGACUUUUUUGAGCAAUUUGACAGAGCCGAGGUGAUCUUUCAACAACCUCAUAGAAACUUUGUGCAAGAAGGCACACAAAGACAAGCAGAUCAAAUGUUUAUGACGAAUUUAAGAGAUCAAAUUGGAAAUGAGCUGAUGAAUAGAAGAGUUUAG